AUGGCAACCAUGUUGUCUUGGGUUAUGUUUCCUACACCACCUUCUUUGAUCGUCUCAGUGAUGUCUGUGGUUAGUCUCGUUGCAAUAUCAGGUCUCGGUGUCUCUGAAAUCUUAGGAAAGCAUUUGCAGUACUCAAAAUUCUGGAACUUGAAUUCUGAAAAAUCUUCACGAAAGCAGAUCAAACUCUCCAGCAGAACUGGCAUGCUUGUACUCUACGUGCCAGCUUUCCUUUCUGGUGCUGCCUCUUUUGUGCUGUAUCCCAAUCGUGAUCUCAGGCUGUUUUUGGUCAAAGCAACUCUUACCAUCCAUUUCUUCAAGAGGGUUCUCGAGGUGCUAUUUGUUCACAGAUAUAGUACUAGUGGGGUAGUUCUGGAUUCAGCAAUUCUUAUAAGCUCAAGCUAUUUCUCAGCUACUUCAACCAUGAUAUAUGGCCAGUAUCUAACCCUAGGGUUUCCAGAGCCACCAGUGGACUUGAAGUAUCCUGGGAUUUUGCUCUUCUUGUUGGGAAUUAUUGGCAACUUCUACCACCACCAAAUCCUUGCCUCUUUGAGAACAGAUGAUGACAAAGGAUACAAGAUUCCAAAGGGUGGUUUAUUUGGCAAAGUGAUUUGCCCCCAUUAUCUCUUCGAAGUGUUAGCUUUCGUAGGGAUAUUUUUCAUUUCUCAGACUUUGUAUGCCUUUUGCUUCACUUUGGGCACGAUUGUUUACUUGAUGGGAAGGAGUUAUGCUACAAGGAGAUGGUACCUUUCCAAAUUUGAAGAUUUUCCCAAGGAUGUCAAGGCUCUAGUUCCGGUUAGUUUUCCACCACCAAAUUCUUUGUUUAUAACCGUAAUGUCUACCUCCAGCCUAACAUUUUCAGUCUUGGGGUUAUUUGAAGCUUUGGGGAAGAACUUUGACUACUCAAAGUUCUCUAACUUUAAUGUUGAGAAGUCUUCAAGCAAGCAGAAUAAUGCAGUCUCUAGUAGAAAAGGCAUGCUUGUAGUUUACAUCCCAGCUUUUCUUUCAGCUGUUGCUUUCUUUGGGCUGUUCCCAAAUUUGGGUCUCAGGUUUUUACUGGUCAAGUCAGCCCUAACCAUGCAUUUCUUCAAGAGGAUCCUUGAGGUAAUGUUUGUCCACAAAUAUAGUGGUGGGAUGGCUCUUGAUUGUGCGAUCACUAUCACUUUUGGUUAUUUCACGACAACCUCAGUCACAAUUUAUGCACAAACCCUAACACAAGGAUUUCCAGAACCACCAGUGGAUUUGAAGUACAUUGGGAUAGUGAUAUUUUUGUUGGGAAUUGUUGGCAACUUCUACCACCACCACCUCCUUGCCUCGUUGAGAGCCAAGAAUGACAAAGGAUACAAGGUUCCUAGGGGUGGUCUAUUUGGUCUAGUUACAUGCCCCCAUUACUUGUUUGAGAUUUUAAUCUUCUUAGGGAUGUCUUUCAUCUCUCAAACAUUGUAUACUUUUGCCUCUACUGUAAGCACAAUAUGCUACUUGAUGGGGAGGAGCUAUGCCACUAGGAGAUGGUAUCUUACCAAAUUUGAUGAUUUUCCCACGGAUGUCAAGGCCAUCAUUCCUUACGUUUUUUGA